GCUGACUAAAUACUUAUUGGCCCCAAUUUACAAUGGCUUCUUCCAUAGCUAAGGCCAGGGCCGUUUCUGACCAAUUUGGUACCCUAGGCAACAAAGACGAGAGACUAGAGUGUGUGGUGAAAUCAUCGCAUCACAAGAAACAGUGAAAUGGGCAGAAGGCACACUAGAAAAAUGAUUUCAUUAUUAUUUAGCAACUUAUUACAAUAUGUUUUGUUGUUCUUUUGUUAAAUUGUCUUGUAUAAUUUUUUGAAUACUGCUAUCAUUAUUUGAACAUUUUUCUUGAUGCCCUUUUGGUUGCUGCGGCUCCCCUAGGCAUUUGCCUAGCUUGCCUUAUAGACAGCACGGACCUGGCUAAGGCAGCCAAAAUACAGAAAUACAGGAAAUCACUGUUGGUGAAAUUAGUCCUCUGUGUGUGUUUUCUUAGUGGGGAAUGGAGGUGAUGGCAGUCCAGACUGAGCUUCACCACGACUGCCAUCUGUCCCUGAUGACAGUCACCCUCCUCAUGUACGUCUGAGCCUUCCCCCCUCGCACUGUCCAUCCACCUUGUCCUCUUCCUUUCCUUUCCUUUCCUUUCCUUUCCUUGCUCCACUUCCACUCUUUAACUGUACCUAUCCCGCUUCAUUGUGGAAUCAGCACCUUUCAUUAUGGCAUGGUGCGGACGCUCUUUGAACUCCUAUUGCACACUUGCCUUGCUGCUGGGCUUCCAGUUUGCCUUUGUGCUCUACUUCUCCCUCGGGGGCUUCAAAGGCUUGGUGUCUGUCCUAGUUCACAACACAGAGCCAAAAUUUGAUUACUCACGACCCCACGACGUCUACACCAACCUCAGUCAUCUCCGAGCCCCACCUGCCCAGCCUCAGAACUCUGGCACUGGAUCCCCCGUGACAGGACCACCGCUGACAGAUUGCCAGGUUGUGUCCCCUCUGCUGGUGGGGCCAGUGUCUGUCAGACUUUACUCACCACUGACUUUAGAAGAGAUCAAAACAAGGAACCCCUUGGUGUUGCCAGGCGGACGCUACCGUCCGCCGGACUGUGAACCUCGGCACCACACUGCCAUCGUAGUACCAUACCGGAACCGGCAAUCACACCUUCAUGCUUUCCUCUACCACCUCCAUCCUUUCCUGCAGAGGCAACAGAUCCACUACAGUAUCUACAUAGUGCAGCAGUGGGGAAAUGGUACUUUCAACCGAGCCAAACUGCUGAAUGUUGGAGUGCGGGAAGCUCUCCGAGAUGAAGACUGGAACUGCAUCAUCCUCCAUGAUGUUGACCUGCUUCCAGAGAAUGACCAUAAUACCUACACUUGCCACGAGCAGUUUCCAACACACAUGUCUGUGGCCAUGGACAAGUUUAGAUACAGGUUGCCGUACUCACAAUAUUUUGGUGGGGUUUCUGCACUGACUCCAGACCAGUAUAUGAAGAUGAACGGCUUCCCUAACCAGUAUUGGGGAUGGGGAGGAGAGGAUGACGAUAUUUGGGCAAGAGUGCGUCUGUCUGGGAUGAAGAUUGUACGCCCCCCAGUGGCCAUUGGUCAUUACAAAAUGAUCAAGCAUAUAGGAGACCGAGGGAAUGAGGAAAAUCCACGCAGAUUUGACCUCCUGAGAAAGACCAGAUUCACCUGGCGCUCUGACGGCCUCAACUCAUUGACUUACGAACUACUGUCCAAAGAACAAGAACCUCUCUAUACUAACCUCACUGUCAACAUUGGAGAAGAUCCUUGUCACCUUCAGGGGAAAAUGGCAAACUCACAGGGACAAAGAGGCCAGCAAAGCAAAGAAAGUGUCAGUGUGACAAGACAUGAUGGCAUGAAGACAAUAGCUCCUCAGACAAAUGCCGCUAAUCAAAUGAUACAAGAGAAAAUGAAUGUGCAUGCAUCUCACCUGUAGCACAGAAUGGCUUUCUUUUUUUAAUUUUAAAAUGUAGGUAUGCUUGCAGGUUUUGGAUGCUACCUGGUUUUCCUUUUUUUUUUUUUUUUUUUUUUGAAGAACUGAACUGGAUCAAACAAGUGACAUCUACCGUGAGAGUAAAUUACCUAGCUGCUAACCUGCAACAUCAUUCGGCGUGCUGUGAAUAAACUUGUGCCUUCUCUUUUUAAGCACUUUUAUAAACUACUACCGACCUGAGAUUUAUUUGACCUCUCCUGCCUUGUGGUAAAUGCUAGAAAGCAGGGAGACAAUGUGGAGAACAACAUAAUGGUCCAGAAUUGUUUUAUAUCAGUGUGUAUCAAGUUACUAGAGAUUAUAUUUAUAUAGAGAAAACUCUUUAUUUGUUUACAGGUUUAUAUUUUAUUUUUUGUUUGGUGGUGCCUCUUUUGAGUUUUUAGACAAUCAAACCACAUAGGAGGAACAGAAGUCUAUAACUCUGUAGGUAAUAGCUGCCAUGGCUGUCAAAUAAUCAUCUCCUUGGCAUGAUGCUGUAUUUGUUGUUGAUUAUACUCCUAUUACAUGCAGUAAGGCUUCUUGAUAUUGUGGCGUUGUUCAUUUACCAGGUAUAGAAAAAGCAACCUUGCAAAUAAUAUUAAAGACACAUCUAGUUACCUAGUCUCCAUAGUGUCAGAAUGUGGUCAGUAUCCAAAGUGGCAAUAGGGGCAAAUAAUCACUGUGUAUAGACUCAGAUGAAAAGCAUAUCCUUAGAAGGCAUAUCUGUUUAUUAUGGAUUACCAGAAACAUCUAGUUGCAGGGUUUUUUCCAAAUCUCGUUGAUUUAAUUUGUUAUUACAUGGAAAAAGUUUAAGAGGAACAAAUCAUAAUACUCAGAGGAUGUUAUUUAUUUUCAAAUUCAGCCCUCUUGAAUGUAUCCGCAUCUGAAGAAGAGACCUGUAUAUGUGUGUUUGUGAGGGCGUGCUUCAAAUAAUUAUUUUGUUGUAUCUUGCUGCUCUGUAUCAUGGUGAAAUGUUUAAAGACGACAUUUGAAAUAUGGUUUUAUUUAUGUGUUGCAAUUACCAUUAUACUGUAUGUAUUGCAGAUACUGAUUUGGAAUAUAUUUAAAUGUACAGGUUUUUUGUCGCUCAUGCGCUAAACAGCUUAAGGAUGUACUAUGUCCAUCUCUCAUUGUGCCUCUUGUCCAUGGCUCUCAUUGUACUAAAUUCACAAUAUCGAAAGGCACGCUGAUGGUUUUAGAAUUUGAGCUCUUCAAGUGGCAGAAGGCGGAAUGGAAUGAAUGAAGCUGCUGUGUGUGUGACACGAAUGUUAAGUAUUUGUGUCCACCAUUCACCAAAUUCAACCAAUCAAAUGUGUGUAUUGCUCUGCGUACAGGUUUUCUCAUUUGAAUCGCAUGAUAGAUCCAGCGAUCUUAAAGCUAUACACUUUCAUUCUCCUGUCUGGUUCACUCAAAAAAUACAUGCUGGAUUUUAGUUAAUCAGUGCAUGUGGAUCUCUAGAAAUAUAUUUAUCGAAUGAGAAAGAGUAUUUAAAAAUAAUUUUAUACAAUUGUCCUGCCUGAGUAAAAAUAAAUAUAUGUAUAAGGCAUUGUGUCAGCUUUUAGCACCAUUUAGUGACAAAUUAUUCAUACAAUCCUUUUUAAUAUAGGAUGUUAUGCCAGCUCUGCAGAAUUAACUGCUAAUUUUUAAAAUAAAUAAAAAAUUGGGAUCGUUUUAUAUUUUGCUUACUGAUUUUUUUUCUUCAUUUAGUUACCUUGCUGUGCUCAUAAGCCAUAACAUAAGCUACACCUGCAAUGUCAAAAUCCAUAUUGAUGGAUUUUGUAAGAGGCUUGGAUUGAAAUGUUCAUUUUUGUGGUUAAUUUGCAAUGUACACCUGCACUGCAUCAACCUGAGAUCUGUUAUUUUACUUUUGUUUGGCUACAUGUAAAAUAUCAAAUAUAGUAUGUUGGGUUGGUUAGCUGUAGACUUUGUACAUACAACCACAAUAAUUCAUAAUUUGUUAAAUCAACAUACUUUCUCUGACAUUGAUGUGACAGCAUUAUUAUCCUUGUAAAAGCUGUUUUAUGCAGCUCUUAAAUAUACACUGCCGA